UUUUUGGAUCAACAGUCAGAAAACCUAAACAGGCAGUCUUAAGGACUGAGUUUCUUCUUGACGUCUUUAAGACAACCACUACUGCAAUUUUUAUCUUCCCCAUUUAAAGGUGCUGUGUGAAUAAGCAGAAAACUGUAGCACAGUGGCUGGAUAUUUCAAGACCCAGUGGAUUUUUACAUCAAAGAAAAGUAGCAACAGGCCUUUGCAGUCAGUUAUUCACAUCCUGGAGCACAAUGAAAGAGUUUUAAUGCAAAGAGUUCAGAUAAAAAGUGCUGCAGCAACUCAUUGGUGCAAGGAGGAAGAGAAAGUCUCGCCACUGCACCUUGGAACACUCCUAUUAUUUGAAGUCAGACGAGCAGAUGGACAGAUGUAUUUGAAAACUAAGAAUAAAGUGCUGAAGAAGAUCAUUUAGGCUGACAUGGUUUUUAUUUUGUUUUACUGGAAAGAGAGCACCACUGAAGGCUUCUGAGCAAUCCCGCAACAUCUGCAAAUUCGUCAAGGUGAAAGAUAAUCUGGGACACAUAGCAGCCAGCCGUGAAUGUUAGAUGCUUGUGGAGGAUUGUGCUCACAGGGAGAUGAUUCCUCAUGAAGUCUCUGGAUCCCCUUCAGAAAUCAAAUGUGACUUUCCACUUAAUAGACUGAAAUCAGAGCCAACCAGGCAGUGAAGCCACAGAAGUGAAGGGCAGGGGCCAGUGAAAAAUGAAAUCCAACCAGGAAAGAAGCAAUGAAAGCCUUCCACCCAAGAAACGAGAGAUCCCUGCCACCAGCCUGCCUUCUGAGGUUAAGCCAUUGGUUCUGGCAAGUGAAAACCACCGUGCAGAUAAUGUAACAUGGCUCUCAAGUACAACCAGCAGCCAAAGCAGCACAAGUGGAUGGAACAGGCCUGGUGGAAUCUCUGUGGAGGCUGGUUCACAACAGGGAAUAGGUUUACACAAAUCAUUAUCGACAGGAAUAGAUUAUUCCCCACCUAGUGCUCCUAGGUCUGUUCCAGCCACUGCAACACUUCCCACAGUGUACCCAUCUGCACUCUCACAGGCAGGAACACCCGUUUCCCCUGUGCAGUACACACAUCUGCAGCACACUUUGCAGUUUGUUGGGCCCCAGUACAGUGGACCAUAUGCCGGAUUCCUCCCUUCCCCACUGAUCUCCCCAACAGCUAGUUCUGCAACCAGCACAGCAGCCUCUGCCACUGCUGUUGCAACCACUCCAUCCCAGCGUUCCCAGCUGGAGGCAUAUUCCACUUUGUUGGCCAGCAUGAGCAACGUAAGCCAGCAGGGACACAAAGUUGAGCCACAUCUAGUCAGGACACCUGGACUGAUCACUGCAGGGUCUCCUCCACCUACCCAACAAAACCAAUAUGUUCAUAUUUCCAGCUCUCAGAGUGUUGUCAGAAAUGUUUCUCCUCCAGCUAUCCCAGUUCAUUUACAUCCCCACCAGACCAUGAUUCCUCAUGCAUUUACCCUCGGUCCCUCCUCCCAGGUGGUGGUGCAGUAUGCAGAUUCUGGUGGCCAUUUUGUCACUAGGGAGUCCACCAAGAAGUCUGAAAGCAACAGGCUGCAUGCUAUGCAAGCAAAAGAAAUCAUGAAUGGGGAAAUAGAGAAGAGUAGGAGAUAUGGCAUCUCACCAUCCUCAGAAGUAAAUCUUGUCAAAUCAGGCAAUAAACCAUCUCCUCAUCAUUGUGAGGCCAGGCAUGUGGUGGUGCACUCGGGUCCUGCUGAUUAUAUUGCACGGGAUUCCACCAGUGUCCGGUCCUCCAUAAUGGUAGUCCCCAACAGCAACACACCUACUGGAGACAUGGAGGUCCAACAAGCUGCCAACAGAGAAACACCUCCUUCAACUCUCAAUGAAAAGGGAAGCUUACAUUUGGGAAAAACAGUCCACCGAUCCUAUGCUUUAUCUCCACAGCAGACUGUGGGUCAUGAAGGGGUGAAAGCAGUCGCCACUUUGUCCCCUCACACAGUCAUCCAGACCACCCAUAGCACCUCAGAGCAGCUCCCUGUUGGGUUGCCUGCUGCAGCUUUCUACACUGGGACUCAACCACCAGUCAUUGGCUAUCUGAGCAGUCAGCAGCAAGCCUUUGGGUAUCCUGGAAGCUUCCCACAGCACUUGGUGAUCCCUGGUACUCAGCCCCUCUUAAUACCAGUAGGCAAUGCAGAUAUUGACUCCUCAGGGGUACCACCUGCUAUAGCAACAUCAUCUCCGCAGUUGGCAGCAGUGCCUCACACAUUUGUCACUACCACCAUUCCAAAAAGUGAGAAUUUCAACGCUGAAUCACUAGCAAGUCAGACGGCUUACCAGGCAGCAGUAGUGCAGGCCCAGAUACACCUCCCCCUGGUCCAGCCAGUACCUUCUUCAGCAGCAGCUCCUCCUACACUGCCUCCUUACUUCAUGAAAGGGUCUAUCAUUCAGUUGGCCAAUGGAGAACUGAAGAAAGUAGAAGAUCUAAAAACUGAAGACUUUAUACAGAGUGCAGAAAUUAGCAGUGACCUGAAAAUUGACUCCAGCACAGUGGAAAGGAUUGAUGACAGCCAUAACCCUGGCAUUGCCAUGAUACAGUUUGCAGUCGGAGAGCAUCGAGCACAGGUCAGUGUUGAAGUUUUGGUAGAAUAUCCCUUUUUUGUAUUUGGACAAGGCUGGUCAUCCUGCUGCCCGGAGAGAACAAGCCAGCUGUUUGACUUGCCGUGUUCCAAACUCUCAGUUGGGGAUGUCUGCAUAUCACUUACGCUCAAAAACCUGAAGAAUGGCUCCAUUAAAAAGGGCCAGUCCAUGGAUUCAGCUAGCAUCUUGCUGAAGCACUCAAAGAAUGACAGUCUCACUGGGAGUAGACGUAGGUAUGCUGAACAGGAAAAUGGGAUUGAUCAGGGAAGCACCAAGAUGUCAUCUGAGAACGGUGAACUGAAGUUUCCAGACAAAAUAGGAUUGCCUCCUGCAGCCUCUCUGCUCACCAAAUCAGAACCCAGCAGCAAGCCCACAGCAACUCGGAAGAGGAGGUGGUCAGCUCCUGAAACGCGGAAACUAGAGAAGUCAGAAGAGGAGCCACCGUUGACUCUUCCCAAACCUUCUUUUAUUCCUCAGGAGGUUAAGAUUUGCAUUGAAGGGCGCUCUAACGUAGGCAAGUGAAGUCUGUUUAGGGGAAGGAAAAUUAGGCUAUCCCAUGUCCAGAUUACUGUACUGUAGACUAAAAUAACCCAGUAUUUACACGUUAUCAUCUUAUUUUAGGUUUCUGUAAUAACCUUGUUGUUAUAGUUGCAGCUGGUAUUAUGCAGGAGACUGGUGCAUACUUCACCCCUCCCCCAGGUGUUCGUGGGUGAUCAUUUUUGUCAAGAGCUACGGAACAGGCAGGAUCUUCUUCAUCCUCCCCUUUGUGGAAGCAAAUGUUUGUUGUCAUGGCUCCUGCUUCCUGACACUGCAAGCAGAGUGAGCCUUGAUUGUCUCUCUGGCAAGGAAAUGGGAAAGGAACUGUAGCCGAGUCUGACACUAUCAUUUGGUUUGGUGAAAGGGCAGGGCUGGAAGAUCCACAACCAGUCUAGUUUGGUGGUUCUCUCAACAAGGGAGUGUUGGGAGUCCAGUCCAGAGACAGCAAGAUAGGACAGAGCAGUCUCUGAGACUUUGCACAAUAAAAACCACCUGUCAUUUAAUAUUCCUAAGUUUGCCACAUGUUUUCCACUCCCCCUCCCAGCCCCGUCCUCUGUCCCACAAAGGGGAGGGGGAGGGUCUGACUGCACUAUUUUUGUAGUAGUAGUAGUAGUAGUAGUAGUAGUAGUAGAGACUGCCACAUAGAAAUUUAUUUCCACUUGCUAGUACAGUUACGUAGCAAGGGUGUAGCAACUGUUUCUUGCUUUGCUAAGACUGGGAAUUUUCUUUAAAGUAGGACAUUGUAGCUAUAGGCCCAGUAGGUUUCGAAUUGUUGGGACCUCUACUUAGGUCUGUUCAAUACUUCUGUACAGGGUUAAAGAGAGAUUGACUGAAUGCUGCCGGUGACAUUUGCUUCCACAGGGUAAAUAUGCACUGCCCCUUUGGGAGAGUGAGAAGGAACGUUUUUUGCAUUUAGGUUGCAAAUCUUUGUCUUUAACUCUAGUACUUACUUCUGUUUUGUUUUUAGUUUCAUCCUGACUAUGGACAACUAGUGCCACUUCCCCCCCCUCCCCAAUUUCAGUGUGACACAAGGAAAGUGGAUGUCGGAAGAGGAACAUAGAAUGUCUUUGAGCACUUAAAAAUGCUGUUCACACUUUGGUUGCUGGGCAUCCAGGUUUAACACUCAGCAAGUACUGUAUCUCACUUUAAUCUCUUUGAUAUGAGAGAGAAAAAGAAAAGAAAACUGAUCUCUUCAACUCUGUUAACUACAUGCAGAUGUGUGCAGAGGUUUUUCACAAGCAGGAUGUUGAAAGUUUUUCACAUGGUUUCAAAGGGAUGAAUGUGAAUUCUGAACUGGUAUGUGACCGUCAUUGUCCACAAGGACUACUUAAUAGGAGGCACUUUUAAAACUUUAAUGCUUGUGAAAGAGUUAAAGGCAUAUGUGAGCUGACAGAUAAUAAAAGAAUAAGAGAGAGUAUAAAAGAAAGAAGAAGAAAAAUCAUUAUUGUCCAGUGUUUUGAGAAAAAAAAAGAUGGACUUUAAAGAAUCUUGCAAUUUGCACAUCUUGAGUUUAUCAUUUGUGUGGUAUUCCUGCAGUUUUUACCUGACAAUUUUGGGGAAAGGGAGAGGGACUGAGAAAGCUUAAAAAAUGUAGCAAUUACUUACUAACCUGCCUAAUGUCUAGGCCAUUUUUAUAGGGAUUCCAUUUAUAGAAUUCCUUUCAACCUCUUUAUUUUCUUUCUAUUACAUCUGUCACCUUGAACCAGGACAAACUCUGAGAAUUUUACUUCAGAUUCAGUGAGUUUUCCACAGGAGUCAUUUUGAUGCAGAAGCAGGUUUUGGUUUCUUGUUUUAAUUCUAAUCCAUUGUUAUUUUGUUAUUGUGAACAUUACUCUUUGUUACUUUGAAUAAUUUCUUUUUCCAUUACUAGUACAAUGUAGAUGUCAACAUUUGGUACAAAACAGGACAAUGGGUAGAAAGUUUACCCAGUUAAGUUCUUUUAUUGUUGGUGUUCUUAAUGUUCCCAGAAAUCUGAAACAAAUUUAAGAUUGGAUUCAGAAAUCCUAGCUCCUGCUGAUUCUGUGGCUUCCAUCUUGAAACUGAUUCCCGAUGAACAGCCACGUUGAAGCCCUGGUGACUACUCACAGAUGAGUAGUUUAAUGAUGUCAGCUUGUGAACAAUUCAUAUUAAUG